AUGGCUAUUGACAAUCCCUCUGCAACAAUACAAGUUACUAGACCAAGCCAAUCGUCCUUUAGCUCUAGCAGUGAAAAUAUGACACCUUUGCAUGUCUCUGCUGCCACCGUAAAUGGGGAUGGUUAUGACAGUGAUGGAUCCUAUUUUGCUCCUCCCUUGGACUCCUUGUGUCAUCAUACCAGCAGCAAAGAAAACUUAACAACCUUCAUGAUUCGCUUAUUGUUUGAAGUUCUGAAUGCUUGUUUACAAAUUAUGGGUGGGAGUGGGCUAUACCAAUCUGAAAGUGAAAGUGAGGAUGAUGGUCUUGACAUGGGUGAUGAUGAUGAUGUUGAGGAACCUGAAAAUGAACCAGAGGCUGUUAGGAAAGAACCAACCAUUGAGAAACCUGCUCCUGUUUCAGCACCACCCAAAGAUGGUGAAAGGCAACUGUCAAAGAAAGAGCUUAAGAAAAAGGAAAUGGCAGAGUUGGAUGCACUUCUACAUGAAAUGGGCAUUGCAAAUAAAGAUAGUAAUACUGCACAAAAUGAGACAGCUGACAAGAAGCAACUGGAGCAAAGUAGUGAAGGGGAGAAGAAAGAAAGUGUUGGUGCUCCUUCAGAGAACAGAAUCUUAAAGAAGAAGAAAUCCAAGAAAGAAAAAUCAUCAAAGGAACAGGAGGAGCAUGAUCAGAAUAAGAAGAAAGGAGACAUUGAAGCUGAAGUGGCAGAUGCAUCUGCAGUUAACGUAAAGGAAAGGAUAAAGAAGGUGGCCUCCAUGAGGAAGAAGAAAUCAAGCAAAGAGAUGGAUGCCGAACAGUUGAAUAAAAGGGCUUCUUAUUUCCACCCCUGCUAA